UAAGAUAUUUUAGUUUGCCAUUGUACAGUUUCACUUAUUUUCUAGUUUUUUAUUUUACAUUAGGAUUCAUUUUAUAAAAGGACUUACAUAUGAUUAUAUUCGUAUUUUCACUAACUUUAAAAGUGUUUCAAGAAUGAUAAUAAUAAAGCCUCAACCAUAGCAGAAAGCUAAAAUGGGGAUUGUUUACGUAUCGUUUGUCCUUCCAGUGUUUUAUUUGUUUGUUUUAACUGAAACUUCACGUGUUACUGUUUAUCAAGGGGAUUCGUUGCCGCACCAUGGUCGAUGUGAACCAAUUACUAUACCACUUUGCCAGAAUAUUAGAUACAACCAAACUAUUUUUCCUAAUAUUUUAAACCAUGCCAAACAAUCAGAUGCAAGUCAAGAUGUGUUAAAAUUUACAGCUUUCAUAAAAGUGAAUUGUUCUCCGGACUUGAAGUUUUUUCUGUGUGCAGUAUAUGCUCCUUUAUGUACAAUAUUAGAGAACCCGAUACCGCCAUGCCGUCAUUUAUGUGAAUCUGCUAAACAUGGUUGUCACACAAGUAUGUUUUCCUAUGGAUUUCCUUGGCCAGAAAAUUUGAAGUGCUCGUCAUUUCCAGUUGCUGGCAAAGGUGUCUUGUGUUUUGGCGAUAACAAUGGCACACAAGAAUUGCGUCAACGUCCAGAGACAAAACUUCCAAAGGUAGAUUUUAAGGCAAAUAUUGAGCGAAAUCCUACCAAACUGCAUGGGGCAAGGGACAUCGGUUUUGUUUGUCCCAUUCAGUUCAAGAUAUCCAGAAAUUUGGAUUUGGAGUACUCUUUGAAAGUUGGAGAUAAAGUGGAGAAAGACUGUGGAGCACCUUGCAAUGGUAUAUUUUUCAGCCAAGAUGAAAAGAAUUUUGCUAGGCUUUGGAUUGGAAUAUGGGCAACAUUAUGCACCAUAAGUUGCCUAUUUACAGUUUUAACUUUUCUUAUAGACACAGAUCGCUUUCGUUAUCCUGAAAGGCCUAUAAUAUUUCUAUCAGUAUGCUACCUGAUGGUUGCAGCAUCUUAUGUCAUGGGGUGGGGAGCAGGUGAUAGUGUCAGUUGUCAAGGACCGUUUCCACCAACUAUUAGUGGUACAAGAUUACCAAAUAUAUCUGUAAUAACACAAGGAACCAAACAUGAACCAUGUACCAUACUUUUUAUGGUUGUGUAUUUCUUCAGCAUGGCUUCAAGUAUCUGGUGGGUUAUAUUGACACUCACUUGGUUCUUAGCUGCAGGGUUAAAAUGGGGUCAUGAAGCGAUUGAAGCAAACUCUCAAUACUUUCAUUUGGCAGCUUGGGCAGUGCCCGCCAUAAAAACAAUAUCCAUAUUGGCAAUGGGAAAAGUGGAUGGUGAUAUACUGUCAGGUGUCUGCUAUGUAGGACUUUGGGAUGCGGAAGCUCUACAAGGAUUUGUGUUAUCUCCACUCUGUGCUUAUCUUGUGCUGGGAACAAUUUUCCUGCUGGCUGGAUUUGUUUCAUUGUUUAGAAUCAGAACAGUUAUGAAACAUGAUGGUACAAAAACUGAUAAGCUGGAAAAAUUAAUGAUUAGGAUAGGAGUUUUUGGUGUUCUUUACACUGUACCUGCCCUCAUUGUUAUAGCAUGUUUGUUUUAUGAAUAUGUUAAUUUUGACAGUUGGAUGGUAACAUGGCAUAGAGAUUUAUGUACAACUCCAAUGUACUCAAUCCCGUGCCCAUUUACUUAUCAUGAUGUAGUAAGACCUAAAUUUGAAAUGUUUAUGAUAAAAUAUCUUAUGACAAUGAUUGUUGGUAUCACAUCAAGUUUUUGGAUCUGGUCUAAUAAGACCUUAGUUUCUUGGCAUCAAUUUUUCGACAAAAUAAGAGGUCGAAGAGUAGAAGCUUAUGUAUGAUGAACAAAGUAACAUUGCAGAAAGAUGUAGGAAUUGUGUCCUUGAUCUUUUCAAUUUGUUAUUUUAUUAUUGACAUAAGAACAUUUUUUUUUAUAUUCUAGUGUCAUAACAAAGAUACUCACUCAAAAUGUGUAAACCUCAAAUUGAGCUAUUUUAAUUUUACUCAGUAUUGAUGUGUUUGUUCUCUCUAAAAGUAUUAAUUUUGCUUUUGCAAAAUAUCUUGAAAAAUUACUCUAGAUAGAAAAGAUCAACUAUUUUAGUGUUUUAAUUUUUUUACAAACUAUUUUUUAUGUUAUUAUUAUGUACUUUUAAUUUGCUUUACACUUUUUUUAUUGAAUAAGGAAAACAUGAUAUAAUUGAUUAACAUUGUGGCUACAAAUUUACUUAUUUUAGUUAGUUUUUACUUUUUUAACACAAUGUUUUAAAUAUCUAAAUAAGGCUGAUAACAUAAACUACAAACAGUAAAUAAGAUAAAAUUUCUUGAAAACCCAUGUAUUCAUUUUUUUUUUAAUUUUGGGUGAAUUUGAUGACAGCUAUGAUAUAUUUGUAAGAAAUAGAUAAUGGUGUUUCUACACAUUUUAGUUUUAAAUACUCAUAUAUGU